UUUCUACAGUUUUAAUUAUAUUCUCAUGGCUCAUAAACAGGAUGGCAAAUGGUCGUGGUUCGUUUGUUUCUCGGCGACCCUUUCGUGGUUGGCCGCUUUGGGAUUUGUGUUUAGCUUUGGAAUUUUCUUUCCAGUAUUCAUGGAUUAUUUUAACGAAUCGAGAGAGAAAACGGCUUGGGUGGGUUCGCUUGCCAUGGCACUCAUGAAUUUUUCUGGUCUCGUAUCUGGAGCCCUCGUUAAAAGGUUCGGUUGCCGUGUCACCACUCUACUCGGGGGAUUGUUGUGUUCGUUAAGCCUCGGCCUCUCCUCCCUAGCGAAGAACAUUCUUAUGCUAUAUCUAACCUACAGUGUCCUGUAUGGCCUGGGCACUAGUUGUGUAUUGUCUGCAAGCCUCAACAUCAUCAGCAAGUACUUCAAAAAGAGGCGGUCAAUGGCGACUGGGAUUGUUACAUGCGGGCAAGGAGGAGGGGUCCUUAUCCUGGGUCCUCUUUUGCAGACCAUGAUUGACGCCUUUGGCUGGCAGACCACCUAUCAAAUAAUGGCCGGCGUGGUUCUAUCCCUGUGUUUGUCUGGACUCACCUACAGUCCUAAUGUAGAGAAUGAAGAUGCUGAUAAUGCUGUUGGUAAUACGGUUGUGGAAGUAGACGCGAAGACCAGCAAUACCGAGGGUGUCCAAAAUGAACAAGUUGGACAAGAAGGAGGGGCGGAAACGGGGACUUGUGUGGAAGAGAAGAAAGGAUACCAUUUUUUCUUAACUGUGUGGAAGGAACCCAAAUUCGUGGUCUUGGUCGUAUCAGCAUCUGUGGUGAUGUUUGGUCAUUUUGUGCCACAGAUUCACUUGGUAAAUAGUUUUUAGGACUUUUUCUCGCACCGUACGACGGACGAAUACGCGUAGGCACAUUUUCCUGCACCCGUGGCUACGAACAAACGCAAGCUCAGUGUUUAUCAGUCAUCAUAGAACG